GCCAACACUUGUUAAUCUGCAAAACCAUAUGCAACCUGCCGGCAUCUCUCUGAGUUUCUUGUUACUUGUAGUACUGGAGACUAGCAACUUCCAAUCAUGUGUGGCAAGAGACACCAUCACUUUUUACAGUUUAUUGCCAGAUGAUGGCACAACUAUUAUAUCCGCUGGGAAAAGAUUUGAACUGGGCUUCUUCAAUCCUGAAGAUAACAUUAAUACUGGAAGAUACAUAGGCAUAUGGUAUUACAACUUGAGUCCAAGAACAGUUGUAUGGAUUGCCAACAGAGAUGAACCGUUACCAUAUGUAUCUGGAUCCUUUGCCAUAGUUGAAGAUGGGAAUCUUAAGCUGUUGGAUGAGAAAGGAAGUUCAUACUUCCAGACUAAUCUUGAAAGCUCUAGCCCUGUUAACAGGACCCUGAAGCUUCUGGAUUCAGGGAACUUGGCAUUGAUUGAUGGGACAUCGGGAAAUAUUCUAUGGCAAAGCUUUGCCGAGCCAACUGAUACUUUUCUUCCUGGCAUGAAGAUGGAUGAAGGCUUGAAGUUGGUUUCCUGGAAGGAUAUUGGCAAUCCUGGAACUGGGAACUUCACAUUUCAGCGAGAUCAAGAAAAUGGACUGCCCAAGAUCAUGAAGGGAAAAAUAGCACCGCACUGGAAAAGUGAUCAAUCAGGUUCUGUUGAACUGCCUUACUCUGUGGCCUUCUUCUUAUCGAAUUUUAGCCGUAGUGUUAAUCAGGCUACUUAUAAAUCUUCCAGUGCAUAUCCUUCAAUAAAUCCUGGGAAGGGGCUAAGAAAUCCGUCUACCUUUGCAAAUACUAGGUUGUUGAUGAAUUCCUCUGGAGAGAUACAAUUUUACAGUCGGGAACAGGAUGGAUGGUCAUUGAUGUGGAAGGAGCCCCAUGAUGCGUGUAGUAUCUAUAACCAUUGUGGUAAUUAUGGUAGCUGUAAUCUCAAAAGUGGGGGUUUGAAUUGUGAUUGUCUGCCAGGAUUCAAGCCCGUCUUUCCUGAUGUUUGGAAUACUGGAGAUUUUAGUGGCGGUUGUGAAAGGAAGUUGGCUAUAUGCAAUAAGCCCCCCAAACCAGACAGAUUCUUGAAUUUGAAGUUGAUGAAAGUGAGGAAACCGGACAUCCUACUUGCUGCGGACAGGGAGGAUACGUGCAGACAGGAGAACUGUCUCAGCGAUUGUGCAUGCCAGGCAUACUAUUAUGCUGCAUUUGACAUUCGAAGUCGAAAUAAUAGUGGCGGAUCUAGUUGCUUGAUUUGGACUUCUGAACUUACUAAUUUACAGGAGGAGUGUGUUGAUGGUGGCCACAAUCUCUCAAUUCGUAUACCAGUCUCUGCUAUAGAAACAACAAGCAGUGAUUGUCAGACUUGUGGUAAAAAUAUAGUACCGUAUCCAUUAGCCACCGGGCCUAACUGUGGCGAUCCUUCAUACAGAAGCUUCACCUGUGAUGAAUCCACAGGUCAACUUUUCUUCUCUACAUCGGACAAUAGAUAUGAAGUAAUUAACAUAAAUAAGGAUGACAGGAGAUUUGUUAUCCAAGUUAAUAGCCUAAGGGCUGAGAAUUGUGCUGCCAGGACUUCAGUAGGCAGAGUUUUGCAGCUUAAUCCGUCGUUGCCAUUUAGCGUUUCUAACUGGUGUUAUAACGAAUCACUCACCUUCAGUGAUCGGCCCUCUGUUCAACAUGAACAAGGAAUACAGAUAAGUUGGGACCCGCCAUUGGAGCCAAUCUGCAGUUCACCAAAUGAGUGUCAGCAUUGGCCAGAUUCAAGCUGUGCUGCAACUGCAAUACAUGAUCAGACAAGGUGUCUUUGCAAUUCCAACUACAAAUGGGAUAACCUAGCCUUAAAGUGCAUUUCAGAAAUUCUGGCUAAUACAAACCAGUCAGAAGGGACAAGGUCAAAAAGUGAAAAUCCAUCAAUAUCGGUGAAUCGUGUCACUGUGAUUAUUGUUACCACAGUGGUUGCUGUAGUUUUACUUGCUGCCACCUUAACCUGUUCCUUUUACAGGAGGAUCAUAGCAAAAAGAAAAGAGACUGAAAAAAGCAUUCCAGGGAAUCCCAUGCCUUACUUGGACGACAGUGAAAGACAAGCUGCAGAAUUGGUUGAUGAAGAUGAUCAAAUUGUUGAUGUACCCUAUUUCAGUCUGGAAAGCAUACUAGCUGCUACAAAUAACUUCUCAGACAAAAAUAAACUUGGAAGAGGAGGAUUUGGCCCAGUUUACAAGGGAAUCUUCCCUGGAGAAAAAGAAAUUGCAGUAAAGAGGUUGUCAAGCCACUCUGGUCAAGGCAUGGAGGAAUUUCGAAAUGAAGUUGUGUUGAUUGCUAAACUACAACAUCGGAACCUAGUUAGACUCUUGGGCUACUGCAUCAAGGGACCUGAAAAAAUUCUUCUGUAUGAAUACAUGCCAAAUAAAAGCUUAGACACCUUUAUAUUUGAUGAAGGACGCUGCAUCGUAUUGGACUGGAACAUGAGAUUCAACAUCAUUCUGGGAAUAGCACGGGGACUUCUUUAUCUUCACCAGGAUUCAAGGUUGAGGAUAAUUCACAGAGAUUUGAAAACAAGCAACAUUCUAUUAGAUGAAGAGAUGAAUCCCAAAAUUUCAGAUUUUGGCUUGGCAAGAAUAGUUCAAGGCAAAGAAACAGAAGCAAAUACAAUAAAAGUUGUUGGAACCUAUGGCUAUAUGUCUCCGGAGUAUGCAAUAGAAGGUUUAUUCUCAGUGAAGUCAGAUGUAUUUAGCUUUGGGGUAAUUAUACUUGAGAUUGUUAGUGGUAAGAGAAACACUUCUGGAUUUUAUCGGUCUGAAGAAGCCUUGAGUCUUUUAGGCUAUGCUUGGAGAUUGUGGCAAGAAAGGAAAGCAUUGGAUUUAGUUGACAAGAGGUUGCUGGAAUCAUGCAAUGGAACAGAAGUCAUGAAGAGCAUAAACAUUGGUCUCUUAUGUGUACAAGAUGAUCCCAGUGAUCGUCCCACCAUGUCUAAUGUUCUUAUUAUGCUCAGUAGCGAAACAACUACUCUUCCAAGUCCGAAUCAACCAGCUUUUGUAGGAAGAAAACGCACUUCUAGUACAUCUGCAUCUUUGUCUAGUAAGGCAGAAACAAUCUCCAUCAACGAGAUGACUAUCUCUGCAGAAGACGGCCGAUGAAGAAAGUGAGUUACAUCUUAUGAAAUUGGAUAAAAAUCGAUACAAAUGAUUGACAUGAAAACCGUUGUGCCCCAAGUCCUAUUACAUUACAUCUAUUUUAUGCAACAUUUUAAUUACCUCCAUCAUUUGUAUAUCUAACUUCUACAUAUUCCACUAUUGACUGAAGUCAGUGAAGUGGGAUGUAGAGAAGUGGUGGAUAAGACUAGCAGAAA